AUGAAUCAAACCGAUAACACUAAAUCUUCAAGAAAGCGAGUGGUACCAAUUGAUCCAUUAGCAGUAACAGAAUCAUUAGGGUUUCAGACAUUUAGAAAAGGGGCGCGGAAACCUUGGACAAAAGAGGAAGAUGCUGAAUUAUCAAGGUUAUUGCAAGUGGAAUUAAGUCAAAACAAUAAUAACAUAGAUUCAGUUGAUUGGGACAAAAUUUCAGAUUUACUUUCGUCAGACGGUUCUAGAAAAAGUAAGGAUUGCCGCAAAAGAUGGAGCAACUCAUUAGAUCCAGCAUUGCGUAAAGGGAAAUGGACAACGGAAGAAGAUGAAAUGUUAGUGAGAGCUUUUGAAAAAUUUGGUACAUCUUGGUUAAAAGUUGCUCAAGAGAUAGAGGGAAGAACUGAUGAUCAAUGUGCAAAAAGAUAUAUGGAAGUGCUUGACCCGAAGACUAAGGACAGACUAAAACCUUGGACACAAGAGGAGGAUUUAUUAUUAAUUAAACAAGUUAAAUUAUAUGGUACCAAAUGGAGAACUGUUUGUAGUGCCUUUGAGAGCAGACCAUCAUUAACUUGCAGAAAUAGAUGGAGAAAAUUAGUCACCGAAGUGGUUAGGGGAAAAGCAGAUCCAAUUAUUAAAAGAGAAGUGGAAAAUGUAACUAAUGGUAAUUCAUCUGAAGUCUUGGAAAACUUGACUCGUCAACAAGAAGAACUAUCGAAAUCAUAUGAUGAUUCAGAUGCAGCAAGAAAAGUAAAAAGAAGAAAACUUGAACCAAACAAUAACAUUAAAACCGAAGUAGAAUGGCUUUAUCAGUUAAACUCAAAGUCAACAGAUGCUGAAUUUAAGUCAGAAAAAUCUAAAGUAGGAGCUAUUAAAGAUCGCGAGACAGCUCAAUUAUUAGUGGACUAUGCAAGAUCAAAUUCUUUACUGAUAGUUAUUCACCAACAUGUGCAUCAUCAUUACUCACUGAAUUCUGGACGUGAUUCAGGUACACCAGGUAGUAUUGUAGAACCCGAAGAACAAAUGUCAAGAUUUUUGCACUUCAAUUAUUUACCACCAAUGACUCAAGUACCCAAAUUAAAUUCCUCAGCUCCAAAUGUAUUUACCGAUGCAACUACCACUCAACACCAUCAUCAUCAUCAUCAUCACCACCAUCACCAGGACUCGCCACUGGAAAACCUUUUAAAUUCAAAGACUGAAGAAGCAAAUCGAGGUGAAUCAGAUCUUUUGAGGUUACUAAAUACUGACGAUCAAAACGAAAAUCGGUCGGAUUCAAAUGCCAUGACUCCUCUUACACAAGCAGUUGAGUUGGCUACUGCUGCUGAAAAUUCAAAAUUUAAAACUGGCAACAAUUCAAAAAUGAGACCAAGCACAGUAUUGGGUGUAACUAAUCAGAAGUUGCAUGAAGAGGAGGAGGAUGAAGAAGGAUUAGAUUUUUGGGAAACAAUGCGGAAUUUAACAGAGGUACCAAUACAUAAAAACAAAAUUCAGCAACGAAAUGAAAAUUUUGAUGUAAAUCACAAUUUUGGACACUCUCUGAGUGCUCAAAAUCAAAUGAAUGUUCACCAACGACAUCAAAUGGAACGGCAAUUGCUGAACCAACAUAGACGAGUUCCAGUUGAAAACCAAGUUACCAACCAAGUGCAAAAUCACCGAUACUCUCAGCGUCGGUAUGAAGGUCAAAAUCAACAACCACCUGAAUAUCAAAAUCAAAUAGAAAAUCAAUUUCCAGGUCAAAAGAAUUUCCAAAACUCCGAGGAAUCAAAAGAACGACCGGUUUCUCAACAUCAUCCACUACAUUAUCAAAAUAGCUUUACUCGUGAAUCCACACCAAAGAAACAACAAACGCAAAAUACUUUACUAAAUGAUGAAGAGUUGGAUGAAGAAGAUAAAAUUUUGGCGAGAGAACUAGGUGAAACAGGUCUAGAUCAAGAGCUUCUCAAUUCAUAUGGAUUAUUUUAUAAUGUCUACACGAAAGAAGGUUCAACUUUCCCUGAAACUCAACCAAGCCAAUUGACUCAAGAGCAGGUUUAUCAAAAAAAUGAAAGUGUUUAUGAUCAAUGGGGAAGUGAAUACAUCAUACCUUUCAACCCAUCAUGA